UUUAAAUACAAUCAAAAUACAACAGAAAGUCGCUGAAUCGGGCAAUACAAGGAAAUUUACAUGGAUGAUUGAUGUCGAUCUCCGCUUGUAAGAAUGAUACCGCAUUUGUUUACAUGAAAAACACGAAAGUCGAUACAUUAUAAAAUUAUCGUGGUGUUUUAUGAUGAACUGUAAAUUCAUGGUAUUCGUAUAAUCUAUAUAAUGCUAUGUAAUCGUAGUAUAUUUCACCACUAACCAUUUAAUACUAGCAUGUCUCAACAACAUACGUUGUGCUGUCACGCGCUUGUAGUAGAAAUUUCGUAUUCGGACUAGCCUUUGGUGUGGUUUAAAUGGCCUCGUUAGAAAGCGGAAUAAAUCCACGUGUUUUAAAAGAAAUAUGGCAGGAUUAUUUGAAGAAUAGCAAUGAAAAGGAGAAAGAAGAAAAGCUAAGGCAGUUUCUUGGAGAGUUGAAAGGCUAUCAAAUCUCUGAUGAGACACAGUUUUGUCCUGACAGUGAACUGUCGAGUAUAAGUAAUCUGCUUGGCCGGGAAUUGUUAAAAGUUGUCAGUCAUCAAUGUGAAAUACUUGAAGAUGACGCAGCAUUUGUUCAUUUCCUGCAAAAAGGCACAGGGCUAUAUUUGCUGCAAGCCCUAAAUAUUUUAGCUGAGCAAAUUGGCAACUGCAAUACAGAAGUAUCCAAUGUUCUAGUCUCUGUUCUUCCCUGUCUAUUGUCUUCUCUGUUUGAAUUGAAAGAUGAUGAUGCUCUGGCAUUACUCCAGAAAUUUACCACACUCUACAAAAACCUAUUAAGCGGUAAAAAGGUUCUCCCUGACUUGUAUGAAACAAUCCACUCCAAGCAACCUGCAGAGGACGAUCUUGACCUCUUGUCCCUGAUUGCACUCCUGCUGGAUAUCAUAUGUAAAUUGAGCGCCAAAGGGCGCUCACUGACUGUCGCGGAAUCAACGGUCAACGUUUCCGUCAAACUCUUAGCAUUCCUGCAUCUUUUAAUGAAAGAAAAUAAUUCAUCGGAGAAGUCUGAUGAUGAUCUUCCCGAAUGCACUUGGUCACCGGGUGUGAAGCUUGUUUGCGCGUGUAUGUCAAUGUGCUCACUGCAGUCUUUUUUUGCUGCUAAAAACACCUCUGACUUGUUCGCCCAUCGAAUAGACCGGAGCGAACAAAUUGAAAAGCUUAUACAGAUCUUGGAAGACUCGAAAAACAGUCUUUGGUGUAGUUCUGAUUUUAAAGAACAACAUCCUUGCUCGACAAAAGUGUUUUUGGUUUACCAGUUGUUUACAACGUAUUCUCUGCUCGGAUUUCUUCUUGUUUUACUUGACAACGGCGUACGUGGGGAAACAGCUUCGUGUUCUGGGAUAGAUUCGACAAGAAAGGUUCACUAUAAAGAUUAUUUGAAGACGUUUAUGAAGAACAACGCUAGUGGAUUCAUCGUUUUUGUCAUUGCUUCUUUAAACAAAAUCGUAUCGAUUGGAAAUUUUGAUUCCAAAUUUGAAGAACUACUUAAAAUGCAAGCUACGGUUGUGUUAAAAACGACUGGCCAGCUUGUCUCAUCUCUAAAAAGAGCCAUGAUGGGUGCGGGUAAAUCUGAUAGCGAAAAGAUGACGUUUUGGUUCGAUGAGCCGGCAGCGCCCAAGACGCAGUCUCAACAACCCAGGAUAUUUUCUCACGUCACAUCGACUAGCAGCUUUCAUAGAACAACCGAAUCAAGCAGCGACGAAGACUGGGAACAACAGCAAGGCUUCGGCAAUCCUCAAUGUCAUUAUUAUUCUGGCAGAGAUUGUGCCACUUCUCGUCUAUGUUCCGCAAUUUUGACCGCGUACAAGGAAAGUGCGGUGGAGGAUAUCGAUGUCGUAUGUCUGACUUCUCUGGCUCGCUGUGGAAUCUGUCCAUGUAUGGAUGUUUCAAGUACAAUUGUAACGUUGCUCUCCAGGCUUGUAAAAAGAUCACCAAACGUUCAAAGCCUUGCACUGCGUCUCUUUGGUAAAACCCUUCUCCAACAAAACAGCCAAAAGAUGAACAACAACAAUAGGAAACAGCUCGAUAGCUCAAGAGAAUCGACAAGUGCUGAUGAAGUUUUUUUGGCAAAGACGACUUAUCCACCCAUAGAUCAUUGGCCGUGUUUUGAGCAUCUUUCACACAUCGUUAUAACAAACAAAGAUGAAUUAACUGUGAGAAUUCUGAAAUACUUGAAAGCUCUUUCAAAGUUGGCCGCUCCUAACCUUAAAGAGGCGUUAUUCGUCAAAGUAUUUGUACCGUUUGUACUGACGUAUAAAGAUGUGAAGAAGACGAAUAUUUUGGGUAAAAUUUGUCGUAAAAUGACCGUGAACGUGGCUAAUCCGUACGAUUCGGGCUAUGGAACUCCAUCAGAAGGAGGGGAAAAAACUGAAAAAUCAGAAUCCAAAGUAGUUCAGGAGUCCGGUUUCGAUGACGAGGCAUUGAAAGUCUGCCUGACCGCAAUAUAUCUGCUUUUGGAUAAAGAAGUUUUGCAAGCUCGUUUUAUGAAAUUAGGAGGAGUGAAAUGUAUUGUUAAUUUUCUUGGCGACGAACCAUCUCAUCUUAUAUGUCUUGGAAUUUUACGGCUUCUUGCAACGCCGUGGGGAGACUCGCUGGAUGAGACAAAGGAAACAGAAGGCCCUGCUCAGAUUGCAGAUUCCAAACAAGCUGGGAAAGCAGAAGUCGUUGAAAUCUUGUUGCAUUCGAUGCUGUUGCUAGACGCAAGACAAGAGAAUCCUCAGGUUGACUCGACCGUCAGUGAGUUUGCACAGAAGAUUCGCAUUAGUUUGCGCCUGCCAAAGGUGAGCCAGUUGUUGUGUCAACUGUGGAGAACCGGUUUUCGUGUUUUAAGGAAGAACGCGUUGUUCAGAGAGAGUUUUCUCAAGUCCGGAGGACACGCGUAUGUCGUGACAGUUUUGCAAGUGAUCAAGGAAUGUCUCUACAAAGCAAAGUCCAGGUCUGAUGUGCAUCUUAAGGAUCAGGUUGUGUCUUGUGUCAUGCUGAUGGAGUGUGCAAUGGCCGUCGGCCUGGAGUUUGGUGAAGAACAGGUCGAUGGAGUUCAGCUGUCACUUCAAAUCGAUGAAACAGUACGAAUUAUUCAACGUCUUAUCCAGAAAGACAAGUUUCUCAAUGAAAUUGCGGGGAAAACGUUUUGCCAAACUCUUUUGAACCUUGCCAUUGGUGCGGUUAGCGAGGAUGACUCUCUGAAAGCUGACUUACGCGAUUCUGAGAAGCUUUUGUUCGACUUUGGCAAUACAGAUGACAGUGAUAGUGAAAGUGAAGUUUCUCAAAGUGGAAAUACAAAGGUCGUCGGUCAUCGUAUGUUGGGAGCGAAAGAUGUCGAGCCUGGAUACGAAGGAGAUGCCGAGCUGGAGACUGGGCAGAGUGAUAUUUCAGGCAGAGGAAGCGGAAUGUAUAUGACAAGACCUAAGAAACCACGGGAUAGACCGAAACGACAAACCCACACUGCAGAUCGUUAUAUUCUAUACCCCAGUAUGUUUGAGCAAUUGAUAUACUUCAUUGAACAUGAUGGCAAAAUUACAGUGAAGGACAGACCACUUGUUUUGCAAGGCCUUGAAGGAAUGAUCAGCUUGGCCUCAUAUUCGAGCAGAAAUCGUCACAUUUUGUGUAAAAAGGGUCUUCUUAGUCUUAUUUUCAGAAGGUUCAAUUCGUGUUUGACAUCAACAGACGCUAGCAUUAGAGCUGUUCAAAAAUCUAUUCUUGAUCUCAUUGUGGUGUUGGCUGGCUAUGAGUUCCACUGUGAAGAACUAAAGAUGUUCCUGCAAUUUCUGCAAAAUGAAACACCAGCAUGGGGUCUUUUACUUCGAGCUUUAAACAACAUCACGAAACUGUCCGUCGCUUCCCGAGGACCCUUAUACACGCACAGGUUUCCCGCCAACGCUUCCGUAACCGAAGCUUCUCCGGUACUCGCCGAUAACGGUCAGGGCUCACAACAUGGUAACGUUAAGUUCAACUCGCCAAAAUUUAAUAAAACGAAGCUGAAACGCCGUGGUGAUGGGAAAACAUCCUUACAAAAUACUUAUCCUGAAACAUUUCCGUUGCCUUGGGAUUCAAGUGCCUUCGAAUUAAAAGUAAGCCAAGGCUUAUCUUGGCCUGUUGGUAGUUUUAGUCUGGCAUUUUGGCUGUACGUUGACAGCGGUAGGCAACACGUAGAACGUGAGUAUCAUACGAGGCUCACACGCGAUAAGCAUCACUGGAAAAGUAGGAGUUAUGUGAAGGGCAUGGCGAAUGAUGACGCAGAUAAUGUUGCUCACGUGAUGACGUUUGGCACCAGGACAGCGUGGUUCGAAGUUUGGGUAAAUUUUAGCAAAGGGACAUUAAUUUGCAGAUGGUUCUACGAUGAUUCUGUGACUGAGGCUAGUAUUGCGCGGGAAAUUGCUCCGCUAAAAUUUCCUGUAAAACUUCACAACUGGACUCAUAUUGUUGUCUCGGUUCAAGCUGGACCUGAAAGUGACGUCACUGGCGGAAAGGUCACGCUACUCGUAGAUGGCUCAUGUGAAACGGUCAAGUCGUAUCGCUAUCCCGGCAUUCCUGUCAAGAAGAACGAUACUGUCUCUGUACUUGUUGGUCAGCGGUCGUUAGAUAAGUGUGACGAAACAACAGCGUUGAGGGAAAAUAUUCAUUUACAGGCGUAUUUCAAGUUGGGAAAUGUUGCCACAUUUAUUGGUGAGUUGAACAGAGAUGAAGGACCUCUCACAGCUCUUAUGUCCAUGUUAAACGCAUCUUCUAAGAAUCAAGAUAAGCGCCGUACACUCGAGUUAGAUGAAGCUGCGUUUCUCAAGCUGCUUGGAGCAAAUUGUCAGGCUUUGGAUUUUCAUUUUACCGAAAAUACAUCUCAGGAAUACAGUAAUCACAUUGAUCUGAAGAGUCUGGAAAGAUUAGCGGAGUGCAAUGUCCAGUCCUUUUUCGCUGGUCCUCACGGCGAACCAGUGCUCGUGGAUGAGCAACGGUGGAACGAUAUCAAGAACUCUUUGAAAAAGCAACUACUCUUGGUCUACUCUCCAGUUCACCCGGAAAAAUUCCUGGAAUACAAACUUGAAGGAACUAAUUGGACCGGAAAUACGGCAUAUAGUGAUUGCGUCAUGACUGGUGACGUCAUUCGUAAUGUACCAACGCCGGUUAUUCACAGAAAACGUCUGGCCGAAGCUAUCCACGGCAUUGGAGGGAUCGUAGUGUUUCUGUUUCUCUUUGCAAAGACGGUCGAAAAGACGGACGAUCAGAGAGCACAGGCAGACGCUCUCUCUGUCAUCUUCACGUUGGCAAAGGAGAAUGUUACUUACGCAAAAGAAUUGGACGGACUACUUGCCAAUAAAAUGAUUCUCAAAGUUUUACUAUCGCCAAAUUGUAUACCGGGUUAUCAUUUUGCAAAGGUGUUAUUUUAUGCGGCCUGUGAAGGCGAGGUGUUUCGCGAGACUGGCUUGGACGAUAAACCAUACCUGGUGAACUUCAACACGGAUGCGGUAGUUAGUAAUUUUGAGAUCUUGCGAGAUUUUCUGCUCAACUGGCGGAUUUGGUUUAACUCUGGUUCAUCUUCGUCGUGGGAGAUGAUCUUACACGCUUUGGAAGCACUCACGAGCAGCAACCAUCGCUGGUCGCAGUUCAAUAUUCGUCAAUUUGAACGAGCCGAUGCUCUGGGUGCUCUUCUACUUGGCUGCCAGGAAAUUCAGGGUGAAGAUCUGUCAUUCUCAUGGACGAUCACCAGCCUUCAUUUGAAAAUCAUCCAAAAUCUACUUGGAUGCUCGGCAAAUCCUCAAGUUCUCAAGCGUAUCUGUGAGUUCCUGGUCGCAGUUCACCCAACGUACGAGACACUGGUUAUUCAAGCACCCGGGAACCUUUACUUUGCUCCAAUUGCAAAGCUUGAAGAUCCUGACGAGAUGUUCCAAAACGGUGAAAACGAGGAUCAGCAAGAAAUUGAAGAUGGAAGAUCAAAAGCUCACACCUUGCUCUCUGAACAAGCCACUGAAACUUCAAGUAUAUUCAGUUCCAGCGAUAAACGCACCAACGUGUUGGAAACAGACGACACGAAGGAUAUGAUCAUCACCGUCGGGCAUUUACCGACCACCUCAGAGGAGAAUACCCGCUUGGAUUUUCCCUUGCAAUCAGCGCCAGAAAUGAAUGCUCCUGAAAACACCUCAUCCCCUACGAUAGAUAAAACUGACAACAGUGAGGAUCAGCCUACGUCUAGACCUGACGGCCAGAGUGAGCCAAUCGCAAUUAACCCACGAGAAGCUCGUAAGAACGUCGCCGGUGACUCGUACGACGUCGUAUCAUCCUCGGAAUAUUCUGCUUCUAAAUCGCGUUCGUCGCAGGCAGCGAAUUCCGGAGAAGACUACGUUGUCGUGGAGAACAGACCGGGCUUCGCCUCGACUAUGACGACGUACAGGCAUUUCAAGAAACAGCGGUCGGAGUUGCAAGAGCACGCAAAACUGGACGAUCUCAGAACUGGACUGCUGGAAUUAAUCAAUAGCGCGCUUCUGAAUCUUGCAGAUAUUGCUGUUGAUAGUGUCGUUGGAGAGAUAUUGAAGUUUGAAAAUUUCUUGUGUUUUGUCAACUAUCCUUUGGCCAGAGUUCGUACACUGUCUGUUGAGAUUCUCAGAAAAAUCUUGGAGCGAGGUUCACCUCAAAUCCUGGCGUCCUUUCAUCAAAUGUCAGGAUUUCAUUUACUUGCCGUACAGAUCCACCUUCAUCCCAUAACUCAAGAACUGGCAGAAGCUUGUUUUCAAUUAUUUUUCCAGCAGCCAGUUUCCAUAAACCAACCAAGUUUCCUUGACAGUAUUAAACGCGGCGGUGAUCUGGCGAGAAGAGUGAAUAUCCUUUCUGGAAUACCGCUGUUGGGUAUGUUGGAAGGCGCCGUCGCAUGCCCCAGAGUCUUUCAAUUUCUGACCCAGUCCCUUGUGAAAAUGCUCGACGUCGUGGAGGACUUUCUGCUUAAAGCCGCCGACCAUGGAUUACUGAAGACCUUCGUCAACGCUGUGAGGGCAUUGUGUGUUUGGAAUAUGAACAAUAGUGCCAGUGACAAAACAACUUUUCAGGCAAACUCUGGUGUCGUCUUGGAUAAUUUACAAUAUCUUGUCAUGGCAAUUGUGUAUCGUGCGUUAAGGAUGUGUGGUGAUCGCUAUUUUCAAAUAUUUGACGACCUACUGUUGGCAUUAGAUACUCUUCAGUACUGUGGAGCAGACAAUAAAGGUUUUAGAUUGCUUUUAGUCCAAUGUUCACGAUUUUUACAACAUUGUGCGCUGAAGUUUUCCUUGGAGUAUCUCGAGUAUAACCAAAAGGCAACGAAAAUUAACCGACGCAGUCUUAAAAAAGCUUUGAGACUUACAUUCAAAGCAACGAGUGGAAAUGAAGAUGUUUGCUUUCUUGGAGAUAUCGGUCGUGAGCCUUGCUGGGGAACACUGGAUCCCUCAGCAUUUCCUGUGUUGUGGCAGACCUCAAAAUACAUCCAGCUUCCUGUCGACGCAACUCCAUCCGAAAUAGCGAGCCGAUUUCAUGAUGUUCUCAUGAAAACAGUUAGUUUGAUCUGUUACUCAGAUCCCUGGCCUAUUGUUGAAGCUCCCUGGGACUUUACGCUCAAUUAUUCUUGUUUCGCGUUACCAUCACCGUUUGAGAAGUACAAGCAAGCUGAUUCGUGUUUUCUCGUUAAUUCCAAUGAGAUAUUUACACAAUGGAUCUUCUGUUUGUUGUUGGAAUUUCACGAUUUCUCACUGAAUGUUGGUGCUCAGGAUUGUAAAAAUAAAUGGCAAGAGCUUCUCUUGUACUCAAAAGAUAGGAUCAGACUCCAGCUCUGUCGUCUUUUUAUCUAUCUUAUGGCUCCAAGCCAGGAAACCAAGUUCAAAUUCUUUGCUCUGCAGUUGACGAAAAUGAACCGGUGUGAUUCUUUAUUUCGCAACAUGUUAAGUGGAAUUACAACCAAGCAAAAAGACAGAACUAUGGCGUAUAUCCAUGCUUUCUUGCGGGAACCAGACGAUGAGUUUAGCUCAGAGGAAAAAGAACUGCGAACGGUUGUGGAGGAGUUUUUAAAAAACGUGGAAGAGCAAAAACGCGAUAACUCUGAGAGUGAAGCUUUUCUACAGAAAGAGGAAGAAUGGAAAAAACAAGACCACAGCAACAAAAUACAAUGGGAAAACAAGAAAGAAAUUGAACGAAAACGGGGUGACCAAGAGUUCAACCAACUUUGUGCACGCAUAAUGUCGGAUGCAAUGGUGGUUACAAAAGUAUCUGUUGAUGUUCAAGACAAACAGCGGCAAAAUUUACUAAAACAUGUCAAGACCGCGUUAUCCAACGACGUUCAGAGUCAUAAACUGUGGCAGAUGCUUAUCGUUCAAGUCACACACGAGAGAGCUAUUUGGCAUGACAAGGAAUUCUUCCCGAAGUCCUGGCAACUUGAUAGAACCGAAGGUCCCUGUAGGGUGAGGUGUCGUUUGCAACGCUGUCACUUGGGUAUUGAUGAGAAAUUUAUCAUGCCGGAACAUCGGAAAUCCCAAACAAAAGUAGUUCCCUUAUCCUAUCUUUUUGAUGAGCCGGUUAGCGAGUCUGCGUCCAAAAAUGUCUAUCAUAUUUUCAACACCACUGACACGAUAUGCUUCCUGUAUCGCUGUAAAAGUAUCAUGCCUUCAAGAAAGGUUCCGGGAGAAAUCCUGAUUGGAGAAAAACGAGUGUAUUUCGUUGGAGAGGAAAGCGAUGCUGACGUCAAUACGGCACAGUUUUUCCUUGAUGAUGAAGAUAUCACAUCAAUCUCAUGGCUUUUCCAAGAGAUUCGCGAAAUUCUUAGAAGGCGUUACGCUUUGAAGGACAACGCUUUGGAAAUCUUCCUUACCAAUGGCCGAACAUUCCUGCUCGCUUUUGAAACCACUAGAGACCGCGAGACUGUGUAUAAAGAACUACUCGCGAAAGAUCUUCCAAAUUUAGUCACAACCACCGAAAAUGUAGCUGAUCUUACUCAGAGAUGGCAAACUGGAGAACUAACAAACUUUGCGUAUUUGACUGAACUCAACAAACAAGCUUGUCGAUCUUUCAAUGAUCUUAUGCAGUAUCCAGUGUUUCCACUUGUUCUGGCUGAUUAUAAAUGUGAUGUGUUGGAUUUGACUGACGUCGCAGUUUACAGAGAUCUAUCGAAGCCAAUUGCAGUUCAAAAUCCCUCCAGAGUUCCAAAAUAUCAAGAAACAUACAAGAGCUUACAAGAACAAUAUGACAUCACAAAGAAACUUGAUCCAAUGAACUGUAUCCCUCCAUAUCACUACGGAUCCCAUUACUCGAACAGUGGUACUGUGCUACACUUUCUGGUCAGGCUGGUGCCUUUCACAAAGAUGUUUCUGGCCUAUCAGGACAAACAGUUUGAUGUUCCCGAUCGAACUUUUCAUGCCAUUGAGACAACUUGGAACCUCUCGUCGUUUGCCUCGGCUCCAGACGUGAAAGAGCUGAUUCCUGAGUUCUUUUUUCUGCCAGAAUUUCUUCUCAAUUUAGAAGGCUUUGAUUUUGGUCUUAGACAAAAUGGCGAACGUGUGAUGGAUGUCCGUCUUCCUUCAUGGUCUUGCAAGGAUCCACGUUUGUUCACCCUAAUUCACAGACAGGCAUUGGAAUCGGAUGUGGUGUCCUACAGGAUCAAUAAAUGGAUUGAUUUGGUAUUUGGUUUCAAACAAGAAGGCCAAGCUGCGAUUGAAGCUGUCAACGUUUUUCAUCCAUCAACGUAUGUCGGUGGUAUUGAUGAGAACAGACUUCAUGAUCCAGUACAAAGAAAAGCGGUUCAAACUAUGAUCGAGACGUAUGGACAAACUCCAGCGCGAUUGUUCACUGAGCAACAUCCAGAUAAGAAACGAUCCGGUUUAGAUCAGUAUACAACGUGGAGUGGGACAUUUGUUGGAGAGGGCGAGGGCCAGGGGUACUCCCAGAAACCCUUUGUCGAACGAACCACCCGAGGACAGAUGCAAGAUAUUCCAAGUCCAGUGACCACAGUUUAUGGAAUAAAGUGGGGUCAAUACAUUGGAUCACCAGCCUAUGAUAAACCUGUCGUCUGCUGGUUGGAUUCGUUUCCAACCCCUGUUUCCCGCUUAGUAUCGUCUCCUCACAGCAAUCUCUUCGUUUUGCCGCCUAACUCUACCCACGUGAUUGUCACGAGGACACGUAACCGCACAAUGCAUAUUCUAUGGUCAGCGGUAUUGAGCUGGAAUCACGUGGAUGAUAUUAUCCGCAUCUGGGACAUCAAGAAAGGAACGAUGAGCAGCUUCAAGGAAAAUAUGAAUUUCCACAAGAUUACAAGCUGCGCCGUCUCUGGUCAAUGUAAAUCUUUAUGGCUUGGCAGUUCAACUGGGUGUCUCCAUGUUUGGCCAACACGAUACGAUAGGAACAAUGAAUGCGGAUUGGAAAUCCUCGGUAGAAAAAUACGCCUUCAGGGUCACGAAGCAAGCAUCACUUGCAUUGAAAUAUCGGAAGCAUUCAGCAUCGUCGUUACUGGGAGUGAGGAUGGCACGGCCAUUAUUUGGGAUUUGAAUAGACUGUGCUAUAUACGUUCGCUCGAAGAUCAUUCGUCUUCUGUGAGUGUCGUCGCUGUAAGUCCAACUUCAGGGGAUAUCGUAACUGUGUCUCAUACCGGCAACAACAACGCAAGUGAACUGAGGUUAUGGUCAGUAAACGGAAGGCUGAUAAACAAAAUUGUUUGUCAAGAGACGAUCAAGUGCGUUGCUUUCUCUCGGGUUCCCGAAGGCGUGUCAGUAAAUGCCGUAGCCGCUGGUCUGGUGAAUGGUGUGGUCAGGUUAUGGAAUACCUGGACUUUGGAACAUAUGACUGAUAUAAAAGAUGAAACAUGUCAAUUGCCAAUAGUUAGUUUGGCAUAUUCGCACACUAGUCUGCAUUUAUUCACUGUGAAUUCCCGUGGUAUAGUGCGAGCCUGGGGGAGAAGCGAGCGAGCAUACAAACCUCGGAUAUUGUCGGGGUUAAUAUACUAAUAAUGUAUUCAAGAGACAUACGUUCGUGUUGUAAUCGUGAAUUCUGCAUGCCGCCUUGCCUUCGGGCUUCGGGGAGAAGGAGUAUUUAUUUAGACUAGGAGAUUUGGGAUAAUGUAUAGUCAAUGUGAGUCAACGUCUUCACUUUAACAACCUGGGAUUGGUUCGGUCUUACUCCAGACGGAAAAGUUUUGGCGCGCAAGAUUACUGCUUUUUCGUUAAUUAAAUAUCUCAAGGCAUUUGAGACAUCCGAGUUCACAACCUCAACUUGCAAUCAUUCGUUUUAAACUUGAGAAAAAAAAACGCGUGAAAAUAAUUGAGACACGCAGUUUGUCUUUAUCUUCGAAUAUAUUUCAAGGGGUGAAGUUUUUCAUUUCAUUUGCACAAACUUUUCACUCUGGAUUUCCCUAUGAGUUAUCUUGACACAGAUGAUGUCCAAAGUCCAAAGAUGGCAUAUUGUCGUUUUCAUCCAUUAUAUCUUGACUUGUAGCUUUGUACUGAGACAAGAGGAAAUUGGACGACUGAACUUGUACGUUGCUUGGUAUUCAAUAAAUAUUGUCACAUGCAUUUCGUAAGAUGCAUUCUCU